CGCGCUCACGUUAUUCGCCUCCUGCUAGCCUAGCGACCGUCAUAUUGGCUGUCAAGAAAGGAGGAAGACACCACCGACAGAAACGGAGCCUGCAGAAAAAUCUGGCCCUGGAUCAAACGGGCAUUCCAGAGCGCCCAAUUAUAUACAAUUAAUCGUAAAAAAACCUUUCCCCACCCUCAUGUAUGUGUGAAAAACGGGGAGCUCAGGAAUGACCGGUCCGGAUCUCUCGCGUUAUAACCGCUACUAAAGCGCUGGUGUAGGAGAGCCGCGGUUCUGACAUCUUUCCAUAGCCAUCUUUAUACAGACAAAAGAGGGCUUCUGGAGCGGCCGACCAAACUGUCCGAGUUACUCGUCUCCAAUCCGUGGAGGAAGUGGGAAGGAUGUGGAGUAACUUCCGAAGCAGAUGUCAGACCCUCUUUAACCCCGGUGGCUCAGACACAAGUGUAUGGAAUAUGGACAUGGAUCAUGUCCACUGUGUGGUGGACAUAGGUGCAUCUUUUCAUGAAGCCCGUCCAGGUGAGUCCCAGGACGAUCGGGGCUCUGGUCCUUCACACGUUACCUUUAGAGACAGGGGACAUAGAGGCCACAACUGUGUAGCAGAUAGUCCACAAUUUGUUGAGAUCACAAUUGACAAAGAAAGUGAGGAUACACAAAGGGUCCCACUUGUGCGUAGAGAUUCUUAUUCCCGGCAUGCUCCUUGGGGAGGUAAGAAGAAACACUCUUGCUCCACUAAGACGCAGAGCUCUUUGGAGGCAGACAGGCGGACAGGACGAUCUAGAGGUGGCUCAAGCAGGAGGGAACGUUGCUAUGGUUCCAGCUCCAUCCAGGAAGUGAGCGAUACUGGAGGAGGGGUCAGUGGCCGGAGUUUAAACGUCCGGUCUGUGCGGCAGAGGCUAAAGGACACUGUAGGCUUAUGCUUGCCCUUGCCAUCGCCUCGCCACCCUCGAUCGGCCAAGAGCCAGGUUUCCUCUAAGCGCAAGAUCCACAUAACAGAGCUAAUGCUGGAAACUUGCCCCUUCCCGCCGGGCUCUGAUCUGGCCAACAAGUGGCAUCUUAUCAAGCAGCACACAGCACCAGUCAGCCCGCAGUCCACCACCGCAUUGCUGGACGCUUUUGAUUCAGCACAUCCCUCGCCAGAGGACGAGGAGGAGAGGCUCCGUGAACGGCGUAGAUUAAGUAUCGAGGAAGGUGUUGACCCUCCUCCGAAUGCACGAAUUCACACACUGGAGGCCACGGCACAGAGAGCUACGCUUUACAAGCUGGGACCAAAGAUGGCCCCCUGUGCCGGAGAAGGACACGGAGAGAUCAAAUGUUCGGGGGCUGGAACGGCGGGUUUCUCCGGAAUAAUGGCACAAGUCGGGGCGAGCAUGGCAGUGCCACCCCACCCUGUUGACUGUGACUCAGAGGAGGACUCGACCACGCUGUGUUUACAGGCGCGGAGACCUAAGCAGCGACAUGCUUCCGGAGAUGGACACUCGUCUAGGCAGCCAGGACCCUGGAAGGUUCACACACAGAUUGACUUUAUCCAUUGCCUGGUGCCUGAUCUACUGGGCAUCACAACACUCCCCUGCUACUGGGGAGUGAUGGAUCGCUACCAGGCAGAGGCACUGUUGGAUGGUCGACCAGAGGGCACCUUUCUGUUACGCGACUCUGCCCAGGAGGAUUAUUUAUUUUCCGUCAGUUUCCGCCGAUACAACCGCUCUUUGCACGCGCGCAUUGAACAGUGGAACCACAAUUUUAGCUUUGAUGCCCAUGACCCCUGUGUCUUCCACUCCUCAACAGUCACAGGUUUGUUGGAGCACUACAAAGAUCCAAGCGCCUGUAUGUUUUUUGAGCCGUUGCUCACCGUCCCCCUGCACAGGACCUUCCCUUUCAGCCUGCAGCACCUUGCGCGUGCCGCCAUCUGCAAUCAGACCACCUACGAUGGCAUUGGUGCCCUGCCACUGCCACCAGCUAUGCAGGAUUUCCUCAAGGAGUAUCACUAUAAACAGAAAGUACGUGUUCGCUGGCUAGAAAGAGAACCGCCUUUCAAGUUUAAAUAAGCCCUCGCUUUUACGGCUGAUCAAGGCAUUGACUACAAGAGAUUCUGCCAGUAGUGUUGGAUCAGAGCAGCAUAUAGAAUACAUACAGUUUUCCAAUAGUAACUACUUGCAAUACAUACUUGGUCGGGAAUAAUCAAUAUGUGCUAUCAGACAAGCAUGUCAUUUGUCGAUCAGGACUGGAUCAAAAUUACUUCCUCAACGGAUAUGCUUCAGCCUGCCUGCUAAAAUGUCUGUAUACCGCCGCAUUCUCACUCCUAUUUUACCUUAUAUGGUCCUAUGAAAAUGAAAAAUGUCCUAGAUGUUAAAUGCUAAAAUAUUUGUUUUUUUUUUUUAAAUGUGCUUACUCAUAAAUAACAUUCCUUCAAACUAAUAUAUAGACAAGUCCGUAAUUUUACCAGCAACAUAUUAAAAAGACAAUAAUGACUCCAGACAGUCGGGUUUUAUAUGGCAGAGGUAACAGAAUGACCGUCAGCACCUUUAAAAACCGGGCUUUGCCUAGCACAAGAGUACAACAUGAAGAGGAGGAAAUUACUAGUAAGAAAUAUUUCCUGUUGUCCACCAGCUACACAGAGAAGACAUGGGCGCCCAGACUUGUAUGAUGUACUGUAUGGCAGAGGCUGCUUUUGUCAAUGUUCAGCAAGGUCCUGUGUUUAUUUUCUUGUGAGUGUGAGACAAAGAGUCACCUUGUCUUUCGAGCAGUAAAUGUUCAAACUGAAAA